AAGGAGUUCCUGGGAAUGAUGCUGGAAGGGCACAGACUGCACUGGCUCUUCAAUGUGGGUGGAGACACGGCCGAGGUGGAGAUGCCGGAAGAUGUCCAAACAGAUGGCAACUUCAACAACGUGGUCCUGGAAAGGAUCCUUCAGUACGGUCAGAUGGCCAUGGCUUCGGAGACCAGGGUGACCAAGGCCAUGGUGGAUGCAGUAGGGGACAGCGGACUGCUCAACCUCCAGACUGAAGAGACUGUGUUCUAUGUGGGAGGGUACCUGACACAUUCACGCCACCUCUCCAGCUCCAGUUGCCCAACUUCAAGGGCUGUAUUGAGCUGGAGACCCUGAAUGAGGAGGUGCUCAGUCUUUAUAACUUUGAGGACAUCUUCCAUCUCAACACCACCGAGGAGAAACCAUGUGGAAGAACGAAGCCGGUGUUGACCCAGCAGUGGGUGAACGACGCAGCCUACUUUGACGGGACGGGCUACGCCGAGGUCACCUUGAAGGAGGAUACAGGGAAGAUGCAGCGCUUUGAACAGGAAGUUAAACUGAUGAGUCACAACGGCAUCCUGCUCAUGCUCCUCAGCCAGGUCAGAGGUCACGCUACUGCUGCUGGGGUUUUGAG